AUGACGUCUCGGUGGCUUCCAGACUAUGUUGUUCACCAUGGAAAGGAACCCAUGAGCUACAGUUCCACCAGGGGGAAACUAUCCAAUCCAUACGACUUGGUUACAGAAGAUGCAGUUAUCGCUUUGUAUGAACGGAAGAGCCGCACCCUGUCAGAAGUUGUCUGUGUCUGUAACAGGAUUCCAAAGAAGUUCCGGGGAUUUGAAGAUGAUAUACCAUCCGAAUUUGUUCUAAAGUCUUCUUUGACACAAUUGGGAGUAAAUGCUGAAGAUGUUGAUAUUAAGCUUGAUAAGGAUUCUUUUCGGGCUGAAAUACAUCUUAAACUUGUGGCACUCUCGCCCCUUGCUGUGCUACUUCUGGAUUAUGUUGGAGAAGGAGCUUAUAUUGGGAAACUCUUCGCAAUUGAAGCAGUUCGUAAGGUACAUAAAGUGGACUAUAUAAAUCGUUUGCUGGAUACAUUAAAUCAAGAGGGAGAACAAUUACUUACCUAUGGUAAUACCUCAAAGCCAAACUGGGAACUAAAAAUUAUUGACGGACGUGUCGUUGCAUUCCUACCUAUAUUGUUGGGAACUGUUACAUACAGUGGUGAAAUACACGGACUUCUCCCUACAAUUGGAUUGGCACUGAAAAAACGUACAAAAUACAAGGAUCUUCUUCGUCUUCAUCAAGAAUUUAAUGAUGAUUACACCCGUGUUGCACCACCUAAUGGUAUCCUAAUGGUUCGUGGCUAUGCUAUGCACCUUAGGACACUUUUUGGACGUGUGGUGGAUGAGUUUCUUCCAAAAGGUUUAAAGUCAAUGAGUUCUCGUGUUAUUGAACCAGAUUCGAGUUCUACACGUAAAAUGCAGGAUCGGACAUUUGUUUUCUACGGGAAUUCUACAGAAGAACUUACCCAUGUUCCUAUUGAGUUCUUUACUUUGGAAUCAUAUCGUGAACACGUACCGUUUACAUUACGCAAAACCCUUUCUCAGCGAUGUGGAUGUAAAGCUGAUGUUCUCCGAGUUUUUCGAACAGCUCCAGAAGGUAAUUUUUGUUGCUGUACAUACAUCAGUAAGGGUGGACAAUUCAAUGAAUUAACUCCAGAAGAUUGGGUUACAGCAGAUCCAAAACCGUUGCCUUUCGUGGGUUAUACUGAUCCAGAAAAACAACAAGAACUUGCACAGCAAGCUGUAUAUCAAGAAUGUGAAUACGGUAUUCUCUCUGCUAUUGCAACAGGGGAUAUUACAAGUGAUGGAGUUAUACUAACUCGUUACUUUCCUUCUCCAUGUCUGAAGUCACUUAUUUUGUCUUGUUCUGUGGGUAAAAAGGUACGUGCAAUAUUUUUUACAAAACCUUCAAGACAUCACGGUGAUUUUUUCAGUCAAGAUGACAGUGCACUCUUAUGUGACUUGAACACAUUUGGUAUAUCAGUUUUUUAUGUUGAUGAAAGACAUGGAGAUGUAUUUCAAUUCAUAAGACGUCGUGAUCGUGAUUCUGGAGUAUUUGUACCUUUGGAAAGAAGACAAGAAUAUCUAAUUGCUACCUUCUUUGGUGUGUAUGGUUCUAAUUUGGUGGAGGGUGACUUUGAAGCUGAGCUAAUGUACCUACUAAACGGUAUCCAGCGUCUCAGAGCAAACUGUGAUCACCCUAUGCUAAAUCCGAACAAAGCACUCGCACUUGUUACUGGAGGUGGUCCUGGUGCAAUGGAAGUGGGAAAUCGAGUGGCCAGAUCACUUGGUAUCUUGUCAUGUGGUUUGUUUGUUGAUUUUGGUUCGCUUUCGCAAAAACCUGGUGCGACUAUAAAUGAACAAAAGAAAAAUCCAUAUGUUGAAGCCUUCAUGACUUAUCGUGCAAACAAGUUGGUGGAGCGUCAGUCAGAUUUUAACUUGGAUUUCCCCAUAUUUCUGACUGGAGGUAUCGGCACGGACUUUGAGUAUGCACUUGAGGAGGUCCGUCGUAAGGUUGGCUCUGUGGCACCAAAUCCGGUCCUUCUUUUUGGUACAGAGAGUUAUUACACGAACAAAAUUACAAGGCGUUAUCAGGAGAACCUUAAGAAUGGAACCAUUAAGGGAUCAGAAUGGAUCUGUACCAUUCCAUGGCUUGUGAACUCAGGUAAGGAAGCGUUAGAAGUGUACAAACGAUUCUUUAGUGGUCGACUUCCAGUAGGCCCAGGGCAUCCCGCAAACGAAAGGGGCUUUGUAGUUGCAUCGGAAUAUUUCGCAAGUAAUCCAACAUAA